AGGAAAGAAGACUUAAUGUCGACUUCGUGCGAAAGACUUCCUCUUCUUGCCAGAAAAUUCCCUUCUUCUUACUUUCUCUCUCCUCCUCCUCUUUAUUAUUUUUACUCCAUUGCUGUUUAAACUAGAGAUACUAGAGAGAGAAAGAGAUCGAUCAAAUAAAUCAUUGAUUCAAAUCAUUUAAUUCUUUGAUUCAGCAUAACCCAUUUGCUUAAAAAGAUCAUAACUUUAUCUUCUUCUUAGAUCUAAAGAGUUGAGUUUUAUCACUCUUGCAGUUCAAAACCCUCUUCAAAUUCUUGAAUGUAAAGUUUGCAGAGAUGCUGAUGUAAAGCAUCUGAAGGGCUUGUUUUUGUACAGCAAAUGGUGAGGAUUGGAUAACAAAAGUUGAGGAGUGAACCUUUAGUGUUGUGAAAGGAUUAAGAAGAAAUGGCUCCUGCAACGAAGGCAGAGAAGAAAGCAGCUCUUGAUGCAGGUGCUUGGAUGUUCAAUGUUGUCACAUCGGUGGGAAUUAUUAUUGUCAACAAAGCUCUCAUGGCCAAAUAUGAGUUUAGUUUUGCCACUACGUUGACGGGUUUGCACUUCACUGCCACAACUAUAAUGACUCUUGUUCUAAGAUGGCUUGGAUAUAUUCAACCCUCUCAUUUGCCAUGGCCUGAUCUGUUGAGAUUUGUUUUAUUUGCUAACGUUUCGAUUGUCGGCAUGAAUGUUAGUCUUAUGUGGAACUCAGUGGGAUUCUACCAGAUUGCAAAAUUGAGUAUGAUUCCUGUAUCAUGCCUGUUGGAGAUUGUGCUCGACAAAGUUCGAUACUCCAGAGACACAAAGCUCAGCAUAGGACUUGUUCUUGUAGGUGUCGCUGUAUGCACAGUUACCGAUAUCAGUGUGAAUGCUAAAGGUUUCAUUACUGCUUUAAUUGCAGUUUGGGGCACUUCUCUGCAGCAAUAUUCUGUACAUCAUCUCCAGAAGAAGUUUUCACUCAAUUCUUUCAAUUUGCUUGGCCAUACUGCACCAGUGCAGGCUGGAUCGUUGCUUGUACUGGGUCCAUUUGUUGAUUAUUGGUUAACAGGCCAGAGAAUAGAUGCUUUCGACUACACUUUACCAGCUGUGAUUUUUAUAACACUCUCGUGCUCAAUUGCUAUUGGGACAAACCUGAGCCAAUUCAUCUGCAUCGGCAGAUUCACGGCUGUAUCGUUCCAAGUACUUGGCCAUAUGAAGACGAUCCUUGUUCUGAUUCUUGGUUUCAUCUUUUUCGGCAAAGAGGGUCUGAAUUCACAUGUGGUUGUGGGCAUGAUCAUAGCCGUAGCAGGUAUGAUUUGGUAUGGCAAUGCCUCCUCAAAACCUGGUGGAAAAGAACGUCGGAGCCCUUCGUUACCUAAGCAGCAAAAGAAUGGAGCAGAUUCUACAGAACUUGAUGCAAAGGUCUAACCAAUAUUUUUUCACCCUUUUUCCCACACUCACAGUGGUAACAAUUACAUGAGAUGAACAAUGAGGGUUAUUUAAUGAUGAUAUAUGAUAUGAGAUGUAGAUUUAAUUAGACCUUACAUUGCCCUGUGAUUAGAUUUCUUAGCAAUUUUACCCCCUCUUUCACUUUUGCUUUUGUAGAUUUUACAUAUUUCACAUGAUUUUUAUUUUGAACUACAGUCUCAGAUUUCCCAGAACAGAUUUUUAUUGAUUUUUGUCGUAAUUUAUAUAUACUAGUUAUUCUUUUACCA